UUUUAAUAAUAUAUAUUAAUUAAUAUAAAAUAAUAUGAUAAUCGUAUAUGUAUAUUUGUUUUGUAGUGUUUACGUGAUUUGAACCGUGAGAAGCAAUGCGUUUAGUUGAAUCUGCUGCAAAGGUCUAGAUUCGUCUCUCGCUUUGUUGAUGUGUCCGUGUAGUUGCUGGAUUUGGAUUACUUUGUAUUUCAGGAUAUAGUAGAGUUGUUUUGGAAUUGGUAUUUUUCAGUGCAGUUGUGUUUUAGAGGACUUUUCUAUUAUAUUUUGAGGGGUAAUUGAUGCAUCAUUACCAUAGGGGAGGAGUUAUGGUUGACCUAUACUUUUUGUUUUAGUUUCCGAUUGGAAACUUACACGAUCGAGAUUGUGAUUUUGAUUAUCUGAUUGGUGGUUUGGUAUGAUUUUGGAGUUCUAUUUUCCUAAGGAAGUUAGGUUGAGUUCUAACCAAUGCUAGUAGAAAUUGUUUGAAUUUUGUGUGAUAUAUGUGGGUGAUGAUAUCGGAUGACAGCUUAUAAUUUUCAUAGCUCUUGGAGGUUGAGGUUGAAGGAAAUAGCUAGCACAUUGUGAUCUUCUCAACUUUAACUUUGUUGAGGUUACAUAAAUUGGAGAUGAAAAGCCCUUCGCUUAAAAAUUUAUCAAAAAAUUUCAGGUCGAGAUCACCAUUCGAGUGGUUACUCUUGUUUCUUGUCAGUGUCUUGGUGGUAAUAGCAUUGCUAGGAUCAUCCUCAAGUACCUUUAAUUCAGUCACUUCCUCUGUGAAGAAUGAUAUAUACACGAAUUACAGAAAGCUAAAGGAGCAAGCAAGAAGCGAUUAUUUAGAGCUAAAAAGCCUUGCUGUGGGAGAAAAUCAGAUAAAGGAUGUUGGUGUUUGUGGUAAGGAAAGAGAAAAUUAUGUGCCUUGCUACAAUGUGUCUGCAAACAUUCUAGCUGGGCUUAAAGAUGGCGAGGAGUUAGAUCGGCAUUGUGAGUUAUCACAAGAACGUCAAUAUUGUCUGAUUCGUCCACCUAAGGACUAUAAGAUUCCGUUGUCUUGGCCAGCAGGAAGGGAUGUUAUAUGGAGUGGAAAUGUGAAGCUAACCAAAGAUCAGUUCCUUUCUUCUGGAAGCAUUAUGAAAAGGCUAAUGUUACUAGAAGAAAAUCAAAUUGCUUUCCAUUCACAAGAUGGGAUGAUGGUUGAUGAUGUCAAAGAUUACUCUCACCAAAUUGCAGAGAUGAUUGGGCUGGGAAGUGACACAGAAUUCCUUCAAGCUGGUGUGCGUACUGUACUAGAUAUUGGUUGUGGCUUUGGUAGCUUCAGUGCCCACCUACUCUCGCUGAACUUGAUGGCUCUUUGUGUAGCAGCUUAUGGGUCAUCUGGUAGCCAUGUUCAGGUAGCACUUGAGAGAGGCCUUCCUGCAGUCAUUGGAAACUUUAUUUCAAAACAGCUACCAUUUCCAUCAUUGUCCUAUGACAUGGUUCAUUGUGCUCAAUGUGGAGUUAUUUGGGACAGCAAAGAUGGACUGUUUCUUAUUGAAAUUGACCGUGUACUCAAGCCUGGAGGUUACUUUGUUUUGACCUCAUCCACAACCCAGCAGCAGGGUAGUUCUACCGGUGCAAAGAAGGGAAUCAUGUCUGCUCCUUUGGAAGAGUUCACUAAGAAACUCUGUUGGUCUCUUUUGGAACAGCAAGACGAAACUUUCAUCUGGCAGAAAACGGUUGAUUCCCAGUGCUACACAUCUGGUAGCAAGCAGGAUACUAUACCAAUUUGUAAAGGACAGGAUAUGCAACUGUACUACCAGCCACUUGCACAUUGUAUAUCUGGAACAGGCAGUGAUCGAUGGGUUCCAAUUCAUAGCAGAUCUGAUUCUAUGAACUCCACUGAGCUCAAAGUUCAUGGAGUUUAUCCUGACACUUUCUUUGAGGAUUCAGAAUUCUGGAAAUCAGCUGUGCGAAACUAUUGGUCUUUGCUGUCACCCUUGAUUUUCUCUGACCAUCCAAAGAGGCCAGGUGAUGACGAUCCAUUGCCUCCGUAUAAUAUGGUGCGGAAUGUCUUGGACAUGAAUGCUCAUUAUGGGGGUUUAAAUGCCGCAUUGUUGGAGGCAGGAAAGUCAGUCUGGGUGAUGAAUGUUGUGCCUCUUGGGGUGCAUAAUACACUUCCUCUGAUACUUGAUCGAGGCUUUGCUGGCGUUUUGCAUAACUGGUGUGAACCCUUUCCUACAUAUCCACGAACAUACGAUUUGCUCCAUGGUAGCGGACUUCUUUCGCACCUUGAAUCACAAGGAUGCAGUAUAGUUGAAGUGCUUUUUGAGAUGGACCGUAUCUUACGGCCAGAGGGAUGGAUUAUUCUCUCUGAUAAAUUGGGCCCUAUAGAGAAAGUGCGGAUGGUAGCAACACAAAUGCGCUGGGAAGCCAGAGUGGUUGACCUCCAGGAUGGAAGUGACCAACGGCUACUCGUAUGCCAAAAAUCAUUCGUGAGAAAGUGAUCAUCUUGAAGUGGAAUUCGCAAUUCAAUGAUUAGCCACUCCUUGUCCCAUGCCACAAGCUGCAUGGCCACGUCUCAAUCUUGACAUCCUUUUAGAUGGAUAAUAUGGUGGCGUCAAAGGCGGAAUUAUAAUUUUUUGGAAUCUGUAGUUUGCUGGAACAGAGACAGCAGAGAAAGAAGAAUUUCCCCUUACAAAAGAUUCAUGUAGCAAUUCAUUCAGUAUUAUUUUCCUUUCCCUUUUUCAGUUAAUUAACAUAUUUUUUUCAAUUUGUAACUAAAUAUUGUGUAGCGAAGAAUCACCUUCUGUCAAAGCAAGAGAUUUUUGUCACAAAAUGUAAGAAUCAAUCAUAAUGAAUGGCUUCCCAA